AUGGCGAAGCCAGUUAUCCGUCUCCAAAACCCCAAUGCUCCACCGGGUCGUCAGCAGGCUUUAUUGGUGGCGACAAAUGAGGCCCGUGCCUACAGAGACAGAAGAAUGAAUUUUCCUCUACCCCCUGAUCAGCUGCUCAAUGAGUCCACUGCCCUACCCCAUGCCCAAAGGGCCCUUCGUGCUGAAGGCAUUGCAGUACCAUCACGACAGCAGUGUCUGGGGAAGCUGGUGCUACCCUUGGGUCAAUAUCUCAAUGCCCCGUUUCCCUGGCUUGUGUCAAAUGAUGUGGGCUACAUGAAGUAUUUGAUCGACAAGCACAGAGAAGAACUCUCUAAAAAACCUGGAAAGGCAAAAGUACAAAAUCAAUGGAUAAAAGACCAUCUGGCAGAGUACGCAGAGAGCUUUCCUGAAGUAUCAAUCAUCCUGGAGGCCAACAUCCACCGAUAUGUUUAUGGACAAAAGGGUUUCGAGAACCAUACCUUUCAGGAGAUGUGGGAGCUCUAUAGCCUAUAUUCUGCACAGAAGGACAGGCCAGAUGAUUUUAAUACACUCCAGAGGGAUUCAAUACAGAAGGCAUACAGCUCUGUCAGCCGGUGGCUAAAUACACCUGUAACCCACAUCACCAGUGUGCAGAUGAAAAGAUUUAGGACAUACAUUUAUGACAAGAAGAGUCAAGUCGAGCUGGAGGGCUGGGUGCGACUGUGGGAAAAUCCCAACGGCAUUCCACCAGCUGACCUCUCCUGGGUGAAGGAUGACACAGAGCGAGGACUCUUUGGCCCCAUUCAGGUGUAUCGCGACAAUGCUGCGGUAUUGAAGAGGCGGCGUGUAAUAAAAUCAGACCGCAUGUGGUUUUACCCUCCAGAACCUCCAGGCUACAUCAGUGGUACUGUGCCAACUCCACAUCUCUUCUUUUGGGGUCGCAUCUUUGUGUGGCGGCCCGUUGGAGUUUGGAAAUUCUCACUGAAGUGUCCUCGAGGAGAAGAAUGUGUGGGUCAAGGAAAGAAUGUGUACCUCUACAAAUCAGGCUACCACACCAAGGUUCGUCACAUUUGUGACGUAUCCAGCUGGUACUGUAUAAUAACAGAGGUCCUGUGCUGCGGCCCGUGUACAAAAGCAGCCAGGGGUGGCGGCAGUGGCAAGGUGGGCAGGUGGUUGGCGUGGGAUUCCACCAUUCUGUGUCAACUUAGUGAGGCUCACCAAGCCAUGUUCCCUGCUAUUCUGACAGACAAGCGUGGUGUGGACAAGAACGUGGUGCAGCUUCUGAGGGACCGGACUAAAGGGAACACCAUGGUCAAAGUGUGGAGACAAAUCCAGGAGAAUCAUGUUGAGGAGUAUCUAUAG